UUCGAUCAAAGCGUCAUACCCCAGACUGUCUUCGAUUUCAAUUGCUGUCAGUGAUGCAAAUUCAAUAACCAAAAAAACAAAACAUUGAACGGAGCUUGAAAUUUAAUUGGAAAACAUGAUAAAUCAAGUGGCCGAGGCUUUAUAUUCUGCUACGUAUGUGGAGAACUAUUUGGAUUAUGUGGAAAAUCUCCCAAACGAUGUACAACGACAUUUAUCGCGGAUACGCGAAAUUGAUGUGGAAUAUCGAGGUCAUUUGAGGGAUAUUGACAAUUACUAUGAUCAAUGGUCUAACUGCUCGACAAAUGAAUUGGAAUCAGCGAAUGCAACGCGUCGAACAAGAGCGAUGGCGCGUAUACAGAAAAGUCUAAUAGCUGCACAGGAGCUGGGCGAUGAAAAGUUGCAAAUUGUGAAUCAGUUGCAAGAAUUGAUUGACCAUAAAUCACGUCAGCUGGACCAUGACUUUAAAAACUUGGAUUACGGUAAAGAUGAACCGAUGACCGAAUCGUCAGCGAAGGAUAUUAUGCCGACGAGUCCAUCAAUGCCAUCACCGGGACAUAUCAGUUCCAGCACUUCAGUAAAUGCUAAUGUCACCCCAUUGGCUGCACAAUCAUCAAUCGCCCAUUCAACGUCAGCUGAUCGUUUCCAAACUCCGUCAUCAUCAUCCAGUGCCAACAAUGGUGAUCGGGGUACCAAACGAGCCAGACGUGUACGCACCGAUAAUGGUAACACUGCCACAGAGAGCACAUCCGAAUCACUAAAUGCAAACACUGAUCAAGCACCAAAAUCAUCACAUAUGCCAAAUGGUCAGAACUCUGCUUCUACGUCUGCUCAAAAGAAGGCGGUUACCGCUGGUGGCGGUAAAAAGAAUAAAAAACGCAAAUCGGGCCGUGGACAAGCGACAAAUGCACAAAGUAAUAAUCGUGAUGACCUAACACCACCGCCCGAAGAGACAAUCGAUCCCGACGAGCCGACAUACUGUUUGUGCGAUCAGAUCUCGUUCGGUGAGAUGAUUUUAUGCGACAACGAUUUGUGUCCGAUCGAAUGGUUCCACUUUUCUUGUGUGUCGCUGAUGACAAAACCGAAGGGCAAAUGGUACUGUCCGAAUUGUCGCGGCGAUCGGCCGAAUUGUAUGAAACCGAAGGCACAAUUUCUGAAGGAACUGGAACGGUACAACAAGGAGAAGGAGGAAAAAACGUAAAAAUUUGCUUUUCACACAUUUUUUUACGAUGGGAUUUUAUUUCGGUGGUGUGAGUGGAAAAAUGACGUUUUAACGGGGACGAUUAGAUGAUGCGGCACAUGUUAAACAAUAUUCGAGAAUUUUACAAAAAUCAUGCAAUGACUUGUGCUCAAAUCGGUGAAUGUUUAAUAAAUAAGCAUAUUUUUCA